AACACGAAAAUUCACCUAAAAAUGUAGUUCAGGGCCAUAUUAUGGUUUAAUAAAUAUAAAAUUUUCUGGUGAUGAAAUUUUCUGUACGAACCGUAGGCAAAUAUCAAAGUGACGAUAUAUAGUGUUUUAAGAGUGAUGAAAGAACUAAAUUAAAUUGAAAACAAAAUCAGGUCCGCAUUUCAAAAAAUUUAUAUUUUAUGAUGGUUGCCAGAAGCCGAAACGUCAGAUUCAAUAUUUAAUCAUACCGAGUUAUAGAUCAGAAAAAGUGGCCAUGAAAAUGUGUUUGUCAUUUGAAAUUAUGUUAACAAACAGAACCAGUAGACAAUAGAAACCAAAAUUCAAAAUUCCGGUUUUUUUCCAAUAUUUCUAAUUUUUUUUAAAUGCAAAACGGCAUUUUAUCGAGCAACAAAUUGCGCAACUUUGCCUCCAUUUAACCGAUUCUGUAUCUCUUCGAAUUUCCGAAAUCCCAAUGAUGAGCGUCGAAUUUGAGCCAUCCUGUACAUCUAAAAACAGCGCAAAUCUUUUGUAUAGCCACCUCUAGCGUCCACCAUUAUGCAGUCUUCGUGGUAACUAAAGCUUUAUUCGUUCGUGAAGAAAAUGGUUUCACGCUCGUGCAACAUUUACGUUGCAACCUAUUUGAUGAUAUAGUGAUCCUACAGGCGACUUUGAUAUUUUCGUAGAGGAGGAACUGAUUUUCGGCACAUCAUUAACCUGAACUUUGUGCCAUUCUCUUUUUAAACAGCAAUUUUCCCGAUUUUAAUGAGAUCUAGGCAUAUUUUAAGAAAAUACAGCCUCAAGGAAGCCGCAUUCAAACUUGCCGCAAGGUCAAUGGCUAUAAAUCAGAUUUUAAAUGGACCUUCUCAAAAUUUCUAUAGUACCUAUAUGACAAAAACAUAAAUAAAAUAUAAUCUCUCGUCACAUAAUGUUCUUGAUAGAUAAACGCCGUGAGUUUUCUUUCUUUUUGGCAACCCAAACUUUAUUUGCUUUGUGAAGCAAAUGUUUUUAAAAGCGGCUUCCCGCCCGUAAAAUAUUUAAGUUGCAUAAAAAUAUAAAUAAAAUAUAAUACCUCGUAUCCACUUUGAAUCGGCAAAUUAAUAACAUAAUAAUAUAAAAUAUCGUCACAAAUUUUUUUUGCUGGAUAAACACAACGGUUUUCCUCUCGUUUGGACUAAAAUGUUACACCGCCUAAUAAGCGAUGAGCUGUCACAGACCUCUUCGAUUCGAUCACCUGUCAAUUGUGAACGUUUCGUGACAACCACGUUUCUAUAAACAAAAAAAGUAGACGCCAAUUUCCAGUUGAUUAAUAUUCCUGCGGCAACGCUUCCGAUAUCAGUUUCUCGAUGGACUUGCAAGACAAGCACAAAAAAACCGCCAAAAGGCAAUUCGAGGUGUAUUUAGAAUUCGCCAGGAGGCACAACAUACUCAGAAUGAACUGGGUUUAUCAGCGAAGUCACUUGAAUGAAUUGAAUGAAGUUUGGGCCAGGAUGUGCACGGAGCUAAAUAAGUCCAAUGGACCUGUCAGGGACGUAUCUCAUUGGAAAAAGGUGUUUACAGAAUGGAAAUCCCAUACCCGAAGAAAGGUGAAGACGAACAAGUGUCUAAGCGACAUCGAAAAGCAAUUAUUAGAGGUGAUGAAGCUCUCCAUUUUCGAUAAUCCGAAGAGCCCAACAGGAAAUGGAUUGACUCGUUUUCAUUUCAUGGAGAAAGAGGAGUCCAAACCAGUGGUGAACCACAAUCUGCGUCCCUCGAUCAGAGGCAAGCCAUCGAUUGUCAUUUUACAGGAUCUGAGUCGAUCAAAGAAGGCGAAAUCGACCGACGUGAAUUUUUUAAGUAACGAGAUAAUGAUAAAACACGAAAACGUCGAUGAGGCAGAGGACAAUGAUAUUACGGAAGAAGAAAAUUCCACAUCAAGCGAAGAAACGCCAAACUGCGAGGAACAACGGCUUUCAACACAAAACGUUAUUCCCGGAAAAAAUAUAAAUGAACAGCAAAACAGUUUAAGCUUCAAGGAGAAAGAUAAAUUUUUCGAAAAAGAUGGUGACAGAUAUUUUAAAAAUCGCGAUGCCUCAGUCCAAACGUGCCGCCAAAAUUCCAAUGAGCACGUUCCAGAGGGGCUAAUCCAGAUCAGCUCAUCAUUAAUGACAGUUUCUAGGGCAAUAAAUAGAUACUGCGACCUGUUGCAGAAGAGAUUUUUAUAAACUUUUUGUUUAUGAAGUGUUUAUUUAACUUUGGUAUUUUAUGCUUGAU